AUGCCGGAGUACACGCUCUCUGAUUUUUUCCGGCUUGAAAAAAUUGGCGAAGGUACAUAUGGAAUUGUGUACAAAUGUCGAAAUCGAAAAUCUGGCCAGCUUAAAGCAAUGAAGCGAAUUAAGCUUGAAAACUUUGAUGAAGGUGUGCCUUCGACAGCUAUUAGGGAAAUUGCACUUCUCAAAGAACUGGAGCACCCGAACAUUGUAACCUUGGAGCAGGUCAUCCUUGAUCGAGGCCGAUUAUACCUAAUUUUUGAAUAUUUAACUGUGGAUCUUAGGCGAUAUUUAGAUCACAAUUGUAAGGCCAUUGGGUUGGCUACAACCACCGUUAAAUCAUUCAUGUAUCAAAUGCUUCAAGCCCUUCUGUAUUGCCACGCAAGGCGCAUUAUCCACCGUGAUUUAAAGCCCCAAAAUAUUCUUGUCGAUGUCGAUAGGAACAUUGUAAAAUUGGCUGACUUCGGUCUGGCUAGGUCAUUUGGUUACCCGCUUCGCAAAUUGACUCACGAGGUCGUCACGCUGUGGUACCGAUCCCCUGAGAUUCUGCUAGGCGAGAGUGUCUAUUGUUGUGGUGUUGAUAUGUGGUCUAUGGGCUGUAUGUUUGCUGAAAUAGCAACCGGAGACCCACUGUUUCGUGGCGACUCUGAGAUUGACCAACUUUUCCACAUAUUUCGAAUAAUGGGCGUACCAACAGAGGAUAAUUGGCCGGGCGUCACAAAGUUGCGUGAUUAUAAUCCCAAAUCUUUUCCAUCUUGGCGCGUCAAUAGUCUCUGCUCUCAGGAGAAGAUUGCGCGUUCACUUGACGCAAAGGGUCUUGAUCUACUAAAUGCGCUUCUCCUCUAUGAUCCAUCGUCUCGCAUAAAUGCGCAGCAGGCUCUUCUGCAUCCUUACUUUGCCGACCUUGAUGAAGAGUUGGUACCUGCGGUUGGUGAGGAGUUUGUUGGCCUACCGAUAGACAAAAUCCCCCCGGCUUUUGCUGAAGUAUUUAAUGCUGUGGUUGCCAUUGCCGACAGCGAACUAGGCAUGGACGCGGUUGAUGAAGGGUCCACGACGGAAGAGAUGACCCUAGACAAGAGGCCGAGGAUGGCACCUUCUACGGUGUUAGUAGGUGCGUCGACGUAUCAGGUCUCGACGGCUCAUACAAUGCUUGUAAAGGGUAAACUGGAGAAGCAGAAAGAGGCUUCAGAACCCAAAAAGCGAGUCGCCCAGCCUCUGUCCGAAAACCAUCAUGUCAACAUGUCCAUCGACUAA